AUGUCGAGAUACCGACGACCGUUCGCGCGCGCCUCGAUACCAACCGCGACGAACGAGUCCGAAGGCCCAAGCCUCAAUCUGGACAAGGACGAGCUUCUAUCACUUGUAUCAGGUCCAGUCGAAGCCACGGCCGCCGAGCUUUAUGAAGCGCAUCGAGAUCCGUUCCGUGGUGGGUACGCCGCGCCGGAUGGGCCACAUAUUCGAGUAUCCGACGCGAAACAAGAUGUUUGCUUUCCCACUCAAGAGGAUAUGCCCCGAAUCUCGGCUUUCACACAAGCUGUCGUCGAAAAGCUGUGCAUAUCCCUACGAAAAAGACUGCGAUACCGGGACUUGGUUCCUCUGGAAAGAAUAUACGCCACAUAUCAAGAGCUACCCGAGCCUCGCAUGCUGAAUCUCACGGCAGGUUGGAGAAAGGAGUUGCUGCGAGUUAUGGGAAUGCCUACGAAACGCGAUGCAGACAGCAUGCUACGCUACUUCUCGCUCGUGGCUGACGUCAAGAAUGCUGGCCUCACACUCAAUCAGCGACAAUGGAACUAUGCCUUGGCCUUUGCGGCCAAGUAUGCUGCCAGAGUUCAGACAAGGCAACUUGAAUCUGCGAUGCGGCUGUGGUCCGAAAUGGAGCGAGAAGGAAACCAACCCGCUAAUGAAGUCACUUUCAACAUUCUCUUCGACGCAGCGACAAAGGCCGGGAGCUUCGCGCUGGCUGAUAUGCUGUACAAGGAAAUGGAAUCCCGCGGUAUACCUUUUAAUCACUUCCACCAUGUGACGCUUAUCUACUACUUCGGCCUCCAGAGGGACUCUGACGGCGUCCGAGCUGCGUACAAGGAAAUGGUGGAAGCCGGCCAGUUGGUGGAUACAAUCGCCUUGAACUGCGUCAUUUCCGGGCUCCUUCGCUCUGGGGAAGAGGGUGCGGCUGAUGAUACGUAUCGGCGCAUGAGAGCUGGAGGAAAGGUUGCGCCUUUGCAACCAGAGAAGAAUUACAUGGUUUCCAAGGCCAUCACUAAAGCGCUCAUGAUGCUGUCCCGAGUAGCCAAAGAACACCCUUCACUCAAAACCAGCUUUCAACGCGGCGUUCGGAUAUCCCCAGACCUGCGCACAUUCAAACUCUUCGUCGAACACUACGCUGUCCGUGUGGGAGACCUGGGCAAGGUGGUCUACUUUCUGGACGAAAUGAAGACGCAAGGCGUCGUCCUGCAUCCCACCCUAUUCCUCGGCAUCUUUCGAGGGUUCUUCCUGCAUGGCGGCCAUCCUGGCUCAGACUGGAGCGAGCAACGCCUUGACAGCGUUGUGAACGCAUUCUACCAGGCGCAGGACGAGAUGGGCGAGCAGUUCCGGAUCGACAAAUGGGCCGUAAUCUGGCUCUUGAAAGCCAUCAAACGGUGCUGCUCUCAGCAAAAGCUGGAAAAGGCCUUUGAUGAGAUAUCCCUGCGUUGGGAUGUCCCCAUGGAGCGCCGUCUGGAGGUCCUUGCCAUCUGCGAUAAGAUUGUUGGCCGGGCGGAUGACAUUUCGACCUGGCGUAUCUUCGAGAGCACCGCAAAACUCAGGCAAAUGAUGGGGAAUAGAAUUAUCCAGUAG